AUGGCUCCAAAAACAUUAUAUGACAAAGUAUUCGAGGACCACAUUGUCUACAAAGACGAGUCCAACUCUUAUUUAUUGUACAUCGAUAGACACUUGGUGCACGAGGUUACAUCGCCACAAGCUUUUGAAGGGUUGAGAAAUGCCAACAGAUCAGUGAGAAGAACCGAUUGUACAUUGGCUACAGUGGAUCACAAUAUCCCCACAACUCCAAGAAUCAAUUUCAAAGAUGUUGAUUCAUUUAUUAAGCAAAGUGACUCUAAGUUACAAGUCAAGACUUUAGAACAAAAUGUAAAGGAUUUUGAUGUCAAGUAUUUUGGAAUGAGUGAUAGCAGACAAGGUAUCGUCCAUAUUGUCGGUCCAGAACAAGGAUUCACUUUACCUGGAACCACUGUUGUUUGUGGUGACUCACACACAUCUACCCAUGGUGCUUUUGGUUCUUUGGCUUUUGGUAUUGGUACUUCAGAGGUUGAGCAUGUUCUUGCAACGCAAACUAUCAUUCAAACAAAGUCCAAAAAUAUGAGAAUUUUUGUUGAUGGAUCUUUGAGUGAAGGUAUCACUUCCAAGGAUUUGAUUUUGCAUGUUAUUGGUGUAAUUGGUACUGCUGGUGGUACUGGGUGCGUUAUUGAGUUUGCGGGUAAGGCUAUUGAAGAGUUAUCCAUGGAAGCAAGGAUGUCGAUAUGUAAUAUGGCAAUUGAGGCUGGUGCCAGAGCAGGUAUGAUCAAGCCCGAUGAAACGACUUUCAAAUAUAUCAAAGGAAGACCAUUGGCACCAAAAGGCGAGCAGUGGGACAAAGCUGUAAAUUACUGGAAAACAUUGCAUUCAGAUGCGGGUGCAAAAUUUGAUUACGAUAUCAAGAUUGCUGCUAAGGAUAUUGUUCCAACCAUCACUUGGGGUAAUUCACCACAAGAUGCAUUGCCAAUAACCGCCAAAGUACCUGAUCCAGCUGAAGUUGAUGAUCCCAUCAAGAAAGAGGGUAUGAUUAGAGCAUUGAAAUAUCAAGGGUUGACCCCGAACACCCCAUUAAAGGAAAUCAAAAUUGACAAAGCUUUCAUUGGUUCGUGUACAAACUCGAGAAUUGAAGAUUUGAGAGCUGCAGCUAAGGUUGCAAAAGGCCACAAGAAAGCUGACAAUGUUAAAGAAGUUUUAGUGGUGCCAGGUUCCGGUCUUAUCAAGAGACAAGCUGAAAAAGAGGGUCUUGAUAAGAUUUUCGAAGCUGCCGGUUUUACAUGGAGAGAAGCAGGUUGUUCCAUGUGUUUGGGGAUGAAUCCUGAUAUAUUGAGUCCAGAAGAAAGAUGUGCCUCUACAUCAAAUAGAAACUUUGAAGGUCGUCAAGGAGCUAGAUCAAGAACUCAUUUGAUGUCGCCAGCAAUGGCUGCUGCCGCUGCUAUAAAGGGUCAUUUUACCGAUAUCAGGGAAUUUGAACACAUACACUCAGAUGAGCCGGAAGUAGCGAUUGAACUGGGCGAGGAAGACCAAGAAUUGCAAGAUGCUGUGUAUGAGCAUGAAAAGGUACCAAUGGAUGUAUCGCAGGCUGUUGAAGAUGAUAGACUUAAGGAUAUACCGGAACCAACUCAGCCAAAACCUAAACCUACUUCGGACUCUGCCGGUGGUCUAGAUAAGUUUACAGUCUUGACCGGCAUCGCAGCCCCAUUGUUUAAAGCUAAUGUUGAUACCGAUGCCAUUAUUCCAAAACAAUUUUUGAAAACCAUCAAAAGAACUGGAUUAAAAGAUGGGUUGUUUUACGAGGCCAGAUUUGUCAAGGAGAAUGGUAAAGAUGUUGAAACCGAUUUCGUUUUGAAUAGAGAACCAUACAGAAAAGCUGAAAUUUUGGUUGUCACUGGUGACAAUUUUGGAUGUGGUUCAUCUAGAGAACAUGCGCCAUGGGCUUUAAAAGAUUUUGGUAUCAAGUCAAUAAUAGCUCCAUCAUUUGGUGAUAUUUUUUACAACAAUUCCUUCAAAAACUUUUUACUUCCAAUUAGAUUACCUCAGGAUGUUAUUGAGUCAAAGCUUAUACCAGUUAUUGAAGGUGGACACAAAUUGACGAUUGAUUUGCCAAACCAGCAGAUAAGAGAUGGUGAGACUGAUGACGUCUUGGUUGAACAUUUUGAGGUUGAAGAGUUUAGAAAACAUUGUUUGCUUAAUGGAUUGGACGAUAUUGGAUUGACAUUACAAAAAGAGGAGUACAUCCAAGCUUUUGAGGAAAAAAGAAGAGACAAGUUCUCAUUUUUGGAGGGUGGAUCAAAGUUGAUCACCCCAGUAAGAGGUGCCAAGAAGAGCAAAUAUGGGUUGAAAACUCAAGAAUGGUAA